CAUCGCCGCGGAGGCAGCGAGCGGAGCUGACAGCACAGAGCUGGCGCUGCGAAGCGCAGGGAGCCGUGCCGGUUCCUCCGGCCGGCGUCUGCGAGGACAGCAGCUGCUGACCCGCUCGGGUUCGGGGAUUUACACAGACGUGGAGCGAUGCUUGUGACUCUGCGGCUCCUCCAACCUGUUUUGCAGAAGACAAAACUGAGGCGUUGAGGUUAAAGAACACAUUCAAGGCAACACUGCUAGGCGAAGGGCCCUUAGAAGCCUGUUUCUCCAGCAGUCCAGGACCUCCAGCCCCAUGGAGCCUCCGAUCCCACAGAGUGUCCCCUUGACUCCCAGUUCAGUCAUGGUCCAGCCCCUCGACAGCCGAACGCCCCAUGGCCGGCUCCAGCACCCGCUCACCAUCCUGCCCAUCGACCAGAUGAAGACCAGCCACGUGGAGAACGACUACAUAGACAACCCUGGCCUGGUGCCCCCUGCAGGCCCCAAGCGAAGCCGGGGCGGGGCCCCAGAGCCAGCCCCCACGCCCCCGCGCUGUGACCAGGAUGUCACCCACCACUGGAUUUCCUUCAGCGGGCGCCCUAGCUCCGUGAGCAGCAGCAGCAGCACGUCCUCGGAUCAGCGGCUCUUAGACCACAUGGCACCACCACCCGUGGCUGACCAGGCAUCGCCGCGAGCUGUGCGCGUCCAGCCCAAAGCGGUCCACUGCAAGCCAAUAGACCUCAAGGGCACUGCAGCCCCACCCGAGCUGGACAAGCACUUCUUGCUGUGUGAGGCCUGCGGGAAGUGUAAGUGCAAGGAGUGUGCGUCCCCCCAGACGUUACCCUCCUGCUGGGUCUGUAACCAGGAGUGCCUGUGCUCAGCCCAGACCCUGGUCAACUACGGCACUUGCAUGUGCCUGGUGCAGGGCAUCUUCUACCACUGCACCAACGAGGACGAUGAGGGCUCUUGUGCCGAUCACCCCUGCUCCUGCUCCCACUCAAACUGCUGCGCCCGCUGGUCCUUCAUGGGCGCCCUCUCCCUGGUGCUGCCCUGCCUGCUCUGCUACCUGCCCGCCACCGGCUGUGUGAAGCUGGCCCAGCGAGGCUAUGAUCGCCUGCGCCGCCCCGGCUGCCGCUGCAAGCACACAAACAGCGUCAUCUGCAAAGUGGCCACCACGGAAGCCAAGGCCAGCAGGUCUGACAAGCCUUUCUGACGCUUGGGUCGAAGUCCCAGCACUCCCCAUGGUAACUUGGCUCCCUUCUGACACCUGAGAAGGCCGCGGCGGGGCCAGAGGCUUUAGCCUCCUGAGGCCGCCCUUGCUCUUCCACCCUACCCCCAGCUUCGGAAGAAACAAAAACCACCAUUACUCACCCCUGAUACCCCAAAAGGAUACAGAAGCACUUUGGGUUUUUUUCAGGGUCCUGGAACUUUGUGUCAGAGGGUGGCAGGAGUGGGGUGUGGUUUGGGGGAGAUUUUUUCUUUUUCAGAAGACCCAACACACACGUGGACACAUAACCAGAAGCUGCAGCUGCUUGAAUGCCUUCCCAGUCCCUCCUCCCUCCCUCUUUUCCAUUCUCUUUGGCUCCAUAGUUGCUGGCUGACUAGGAGGAACCUGAAACCCAGUGGCCAGGAUACCUUGGAGGAAGACCUUUGAAGCCUUGACUUCUAUCCCUUUUCCUCCUCCUCGUCCCACCCCAGUUUGCCCCCGACAUCUCGGGGGAAGGUGUAGCUCACCGUAGCGGUCCCUGAUGUAUGUUCGUACUUGGAAGCCCAUGGAGGACUGCCGCGAAUCCACGCCUCGCUCCUCCCUCCACCUCCCUGGAGCCAUGGGAUGGAUUUAGGAGCCACUCGGCCGUGCACUUCUCCCUCCAGCUUCAUCACUAACUCUCGAGGGUGUUCCACUCCUAACACCAUCCUUCAGUUCUUACCGAGUCGCAGACUCACCUGCCCACUACACGUCCUGAGUUCUCUCUGCCCCAGAUCUUUCCAGGAACUUUGUUGGUAGAGAAGGCCAGGGCGGCAAACUUGAGACCAAAUAUCAUUUUGCCAAUGAGUCUGAGGCUGUGGUCUCUGGAUCCAGUCAUUAUGUUUUUAUAGAAUAAUUAAACCAGAUGCUAACGAUGUUUUAAAAAAAUAAUAAUAGAAAACACUUGCUUCCUUUUGGGCCACCCCCAGGAAGGGCUGAUUUCAAAAUCUGGGGGACGAGCAACCUCAAGGAACAUCACUUCCCUCCCCACCAAGAAGAGGAUUUUAUCAGCAAGGAAGAGAGGCAGCACCUCCCAUUGGCAGAAUGACAGCUGAGCCGAGCUGGGUUUGGGUUUCUCCUCUUCUGAUUCUGCUGCUUGCUCUCAUAGCCUUUUGUGUAUAGUGAUGUGUCUGUACCUUUAAUGUAAAUAGAGAAGUGAUGACAGAAGAGUCUAUUUUAGUGUUAGGAAGCCCCAGUGGGGGAGUCAGAAGAGUGCGAGUCGGGAAAAGAUUCUCCGGGUGCUUCCGGGGUUAAGCCCUGCUUCUGUGCGUGGGCACACCACCCCCUGGCAGUCCCCAAAGACGUAGCAACCCUUUUUCUCAAGGUGCUAAAGGACUCAGAAAGUGCAGCACGGCCGGUGGGUAGGUACUUGUUGCAUGCAAAGAGCUGUCGUGUGUCUGGUCCUUCUUCCCCAGCUGUUGUGUGGGUUUUUGUUUCGUGUGGUAUUUUGUUCUCCCCUCUAAUAAGAGAAAAUAGCCUGGGUCAGAAGAGCUACCCCAGGCGAAAUGGGAAGCAUAUUAGGCAGGGCAUUUGUAAUAUUUAAAGUGUGUUCUGUAGGGACAGAACUGCCUCCAGGAAGGCAGCAAGGAGGCAGGUAGCUGUAAUUGGCAUGCACCCAAUGCUUCUCAAGGACUUUUUUUUUUUCUUCUUGAAGAGUAGUAGUAACAUCUUAUUUAGAAUAAGUUAACUGUAACCAUAGGUAUUUAUUGAUUGGAGGAAGGGAGGGAGGGUCUUAUUAUUUUAGGCUUUAUUUAUGUAACAUUUGCUAGCUUGUAAAAGGCAAAUAUGAAAAACUGCAUCUGCAUUUUCUAAGGCUGAUUCAUAUAGCUACCCUUGCCAUAGUCAUGAUGGAUGGAGAAAUGGAUGUUCUUGCACAAUUAUACCAGAGAGAAUGGUAGAGAGAAAAACGCAUUCAGCCAACCACUUAUUAUACUAAUUGAAUGUAUCAGAUGUGUACUGAAGGGAUCUGAGAUGUCCUCAGAAUAGGUAUGCAGAGAUUAGCCCAAACACGAUUAGCAAACACGUGUGCUCUCUCAGCAAGGCCCCCAAGCUUUCCCAGAAACACUCAGCUCAGAUCACCCCAUGGGAAACUAGACCCGAUGGCAACUGCACUUUGUAAUCUUGGCGGUCUACAUGCCCAUUCUGUGGAGAAUUGAUCUACAUAAGCUGUGUAUGUGUGCGCGCACACAUCCUACACAAACCUCUACACACACUUAACCCCCCACCAACCCUCUACCUAUGUAAACCCUGUUUCCUAGCAAAGGGCCUCCUGACUUGUGUACAUAGUUGUAAACACGAAUUUUUCUGGAUUUUGGUUUGCCUUUUUUUUUCUAUUUUUGUCCCCCUCUGUUUUCGCUUGUUAUUUUUGGUUUGUGUUUAACCCGCUAGAUGGAUGUCUGCAGAACUCCCCAACAGUCCACCUCAAUGUCCCAUGUGUUCAGUGGUAAAGGGAAGGAGGAGUGAAGACUCUGGCUCUCCCAGCUCUGUUGAGUAGCAGUCCCUCAGCAUGUAUUUUUGGCUCUUGGUCAAAAUGAAAGGAAAAACUGGCUUGCCCACGGACCUCCGGGCCAAUGAAGGGCCCCCAAGGGAUCAAGCACUCAGAAACAUGGCACAUUUCUGUGACUGGUUGUGGUUCCUGUCACCAACAGCUUACUUGGCUGGAUUAUGCCUCGUCUUCACUUUUUUUGAAAAGUGUCACCUGGUUUCCACUUCUUUUCCACCUGGUGUGGAUGGUGGUUCUGCCAGAACCUGGGGUCCACAAGCCUGUGUCCAGGCUACUUGUGUGGGCCCUUAGCUGCCCACCCUGGGUGUUAGGAUAGAGAAGCCCUUCCACAUAAAUGUUGGGGUGCAACCAAGGCUUCUCAGUAUGUGGCUGGAAGAGGGUGAAGACCAAUCUCUGCUGCUCACACAGGCCCCUUUCCAGCCAGCAGAGAUGGGGGAUCUUCACCGGAUACACCUGGUUCUCACAGGGCCUUAGAAUCUCAUCAGUCCCCAUUGAACAGUCAAGUGAGGCCUGGGUAGACAACUUGUCCAAGGUUGCACAGUAUGGAAAGUUUUGAUCUAGACCAGAACCAGAUGACUCCACUAGAAGCUUCGCGUUCUCCUCCCAUGCUGCCCCGUAGAUGUCUGAUGGGUGUGUAGGCAGCACGACCUAGCACUGUACAAUCCACUUGGGCAAUCCCACAAGCUGUACCGGCCUUUUGCUUCCUGCCUUUGGUAAGCAUUACCACACCUUCUGCUUACUGUGACAGUCAAUGACAAAUCUUGUGUUGCCAUCUUUUGCUGUGAGUAACUGCGUGCAGUGUCUUAUCUUGCUUUUUCUUCUCACUGCCCCUACAGUUUGGUUUCAUGUUUCAAACAAAAGCCGUUCAAGGCCCCGACCCCAGUAUAGUCCUACUUUUAUUUUUCCCAUCACUGUAGCCCCUUCUCACCCCACAACAAAAGUUACCACAGAAGGUUUUCUUUGUAUAGAAUAUUUAUUUUGAAGCUCUAUUUUAAUAGUAUUUAUUUUAGAAAGUCUACUAUUGUAAGAGUUCUUCUGUUUGUGAAGAAAAAAACAAGUUAAAAACUGAAUGUACUGAUCUAGAAAAUAUAUAUAAAUAUAUAUUGUUAAAUAUACACAGGAUGGCUGUUUCUCGUGUCUUUGUGUCUGUUCACGCCCCUAAUGUCCUCACCUAGCAAGGCCUCAAGUUUGUCGAACAACACCCGACCACCACACCAGAUGGAAGUGCACUAAAGAAAAACCCAAAGCCAUUAUUUUAGUAUUCAUUCUGACCUCCUCUCAAGCUCUGGUCAAGGACAAAGGGGCAGGGAGAGAAGGGCUUCCUGGGCUGGGACACAGUCCCUUAUCCUUCUAGGAUCAUUGGAGGAAAGCUUCACUUCACCAUGCAGCCGAAUACUGCCCAAACCAAAAAAACCAAACCCAUUUCCAUUGAGUCAAUUCCGACUCUUAGCAAUCCUAGAGGACAGGGUAGAACUGCCCCAUAGAGUUUCUAAGUAGUGCCUGGUGGAUUCCAACACUUGACCUUUUGGUUAGCAGCCGUAGCACUUAACCACUAUGCCAGCAGGAUUUCCUGUAUAUGCCAGAUGCUGCUAAAUCCUCCCUAGCAAGCCUUUCCCUAGGCUGGGUUGUAUUGCUGUAUUGUUAUAGAUGGACGACAAAUCUCUAAAAGUGGGAAUUGGAGGAGGUAAGAAAGGGUAAUCUGAUCUAUUGAGUUUGCCAGAACUCUGCAGCUCCUUUCCCUUUAUGUCCUGACUCCCCCAAAAGAGAUUUUUGUGCACAUGCACAUAUAUGCUUCAAGGGGAAGGCAAACAAAAGCCCUUGGCAAUUCUUUCCACUUGACUGGUGGACGUUGCAUGAAACUAGUAACUUUGACUUAAAGCCUCCCAUCCACUUGACUUGCUUUGGCCUUCUAAUGCACCCUCCAUCUGCUUCCCCUACCUGUACCCCAAUGUACUCUAACUUACAGAGACCUAGCCACUUUGUUUAUAGAGCUGUGGAACCCUUUUCCAUUAACUUUAUUUUGAAGGUUUAAAGACAUAUGCCUCUUAUUCUUUUCUGAAAGAGAAAAUAAUUACAUUGUUUUUCUGUUGAUACCAAUGAGUAGGAGAAGAGAGACCAGCAAGAUAAAGAGAGGGAGCCCUGGGCCUGCUUGAUUUCUCUGGCCUUUUCCAAUCUUUUGUCAAACCUUGGGUUCCUCUUAAAGACAUCCAAAUACAUUCCAAGGAUCCCGUGGUCACUGCCCAAGAAGGCACAAAGGGUUUUCUUCCUCAAUGUGGUCUUGUCUGCUCCAGAACUUUUGGAAUAAAGAUCACCAGGUCACUUGGCCUGCCCCAUCCCUGCACAAUGCACAAAGGUUGAUUAGCACUCUGAAGGCUCCCUUUGUUGACAAGGUGAGUAACUGGCCCUUGGGGAUGGUUUUC